GAUAUAGGUUCAGCUUGGCAAUAUCAUGGUGAUUAAUAACAUAAAAAUUUGUAAUGAUAAAUGAUGGUUUAUGGUGCGACCUUGAAUUAACGUAAGUGUACAAUUCUAUUUAUAUAAACAAACAUAAUAUCUUACUCAAAAACACUGAAUAAUAAGCACAGAUUAUACAAGACGGAAUUUAAGUAAUGUAUAAUAUAAACACUGAAUCUAAAAAAGCAUGAGUGUCUAUAAUCCAUGUUAUAUGUAUACGACUAGAGACUUUCAUCAAUAAAAUAAAAUAAUUAAAAUUAAAUUACUGGGAAAAAACGAGUUUUGUUUAAAGGGCAAUUAUGUUACGGACAGUCAACGUAAGACACUGCCAGCGUCUAUAAUCCACAUUAAUUAUACAUAACAGACAAUAACAGCUGAUAUAAUCCACAUCGAUUACACCAGUUCAUAAUUAAGAGAACUAUAAUCGAAUAAAAAAUUAUCACUAGACAAAAAAUGAGAGACUGCUACUGGGAUUAAUACAGACGAUACAGUUUAUGUAAUUAAAUAUUGUACCGGGAUGAUCAGUUCUGUUAAAAGAGGUUGACUAUUUACAAAGACUCGGGUGAAAAUAACUCUCGAUAAACAGACAGUCAAACAAAGAAAUAAGACUUAAAAUAAGUGACUUAGAGAGAGAGAGAGAGAGAGAGAGAGAGAGAGAGAGAGAGAGAGUGCUAAUCUUAUAAUGUAUCACUGCGCUUUUACAACUGAGAUUUUUUAAGCUCGUAUUUUAAGUAGACACACACACACACACACACACACACACACACACACACACACACAAAGCUGCACAGACAUACAUAGACUUGUAAAAAAAAAAGAUAAUAAUCAUCCCCAUUAAUAAUUCGAUUUAAAACUCAACAGAAUCAGAUAGAAAAGAAUAAAUAUAGAAAAAAAUAGUUCAAUGCGACAGAAAAACGAAAGACGAAAAGGAUAGGACCAACAAAGGACAUUCACCUGAGCGCAUCUUGUUAAUGAGAGUAAACCCAUUUUUGUUUUAAUUAGAAAGAAAAUGAAAACGAAAGAAUACCAUGAAAUAGAUAAUUGGUUACUACAAGUUAGAUACCAAGUAAAUUUAAUAUAUUUGUCACAGAGUUUAUAUACCAGUUUUUCAAUGAUAUGGGUUAAAUUAUGCAGGUAAAAGGUGAACCAGAUUGUUGAUAAAUUCUUCGGGGGAUAAAACUAUGAGAUAAGUGGACAUUAAUGAAAUAUACGCAUGUAAUAACAUACGAGGGUAUAUUUAGUUAUCACAGGUAGAUAUGGAUGUAAGCUGUGAAAAAUAUUACAUAAUACCUCAGAUUAAAAAGAAUUAUACAUAAACGCUAAUUAAACCAGCUAUAUGUCAACAAAGAGGCAGAGAAGACCAGCUAGCGUGAAUAAUAUACUGUAUAUCACUUAGGAUUUGUUGAUCUCUUACCUUGGUUAUAUUUCGUCUAGUGCUGAAUGCAGGGCGAGUUCAGUUCGAUUACUAUUCAGCGGUAUUGAGUACAACUAUUUACGAGUGCAUGUAUACAGGGAGAGUGAAUAUCUCUGAAUAUUAUUGAGUACGGAGAGGGGAUUGCCAGAGUGAAUAGUAACGAAGGAGAGUCAAUAAUCCUCAAGUAUUACUAUGAGUUGGGGUAAGAUUGCUAGAGUGAAUAUCCCUUAAGUAUUAAUCUUGAAUAGCAUCGAAUGCAGGGAGGGGAAUUGCCAGAGUGAAUAGCCACGAGUGCACCUACACAGCCAGAGUGAAUAUCCCUCGUAUAUUCACAGCCAUGGACGAGUAAAGGAGUAAUGGCCCUUUAAGACUACACAUACAUCCCCGAGGACACAGGAGAGGAUCAGUGCCAUAAGACAAGUGCCAUUAAAGACAACGACACUUAAGUACUGACUCAAGUGCCAUUACGAGAUAGAAUAAAGAGCCAUUAUUAGAGAGUGCCAGCUAAUACCAAGAUGCCAAUAAGGAGAUAAAUUGAAUGGCACUAGCUACUGAUUAUUGGUCAAGCGCAACCAAGGGAGGACCAUUAGACGAGUGCCAUUAAUGUGAACGUCGUUAAGGAAGGAGAACAGUAAGUGCCAUUAAUGAACACUACGAGCCAUUAGUUAUCAAGUGGAGGUUACAAUGAGUCGAGAAAAUCAAUGCCAUUAUAAUAAACAGUGAACACCAUUAAAGACACAGUUGAUUAAAUGCAGAACCAUUCAACAAGUGAAAAAAAAAACGCCAUUGAAUUGAGAAAUAUAAAAGGUGUAAAAUAUAUUAAAAGGGUAACAUUAAGAUACAGCAAACUCCAUUAAAUCAAAUACAACCAGGAAGGACCAUUAGAAAACUGCCACUAAGGUAAAGAGACGACGCCAUUAACUCAAAAUAUAAAGUCACUUGACAAAUUAAAUGUGCUCCAUUAACUACCGCGAGCCAGUCAAAUACAAAAGAGGAAAAACCAUUAGAAAGAGCGUCAUUAUAGUGAAAAAUUACAGAAUCAACACCAUUAACCAUUGAGAAGAAACAUGCAUUAAAAAACAAGUUCCAGUAUAUAUAGGAGGAACAAAAACAAAUAAAGCUUCAUUCAGGUCAACAGAACACAUCUCUAAAUGUAGCCAAGAGGCGCCAUUACAGAAGACAGCCAUGACCCCUACACUGUGUUGGCGUCAAUAUGGCUGCUUGUUCCUGUUACUGGCUCUCCAUCAGCCAUCACCAGGUGUAGCCCAUCCACCGCCCACACCCUCUCCGGGGCCCGCCCACUGCCGAGGCUGCCCAUACUUCCUGCCCACAGCCACAGAGGUCACUACAGCCGUGGGCGCCGCCGCUAACCUCACCUGUGGCGUCAGAAUGCUCGGUGACAGACAGGUGUCGUGGAUUCGUCGUCAGGACCUCCACGUCUUGACAACAGAUUCGUUCACCUACACGACAGACUCUCGCUUCCGUGCCAUCCAUGUCAAGACGUCGCCGUACUGGGUGUUGAGUAUAAGAGAUCCCUCCGUCAGUGACUCCGGCGUGUACGAGUGUCAGGUGUCCGCCCAACCUAAGAUCUUCAAGAGGUUUAACUUGGAAGUUGUGGUACCACAGGCGACCAUCAUAGGGGCCAGCGCGAUGUACAUGAAGGCUGGCAGUAACCUGAACAUCACCUGUGUUAUUAAAGGAGCCGCCGCCCAAGCUGCUCCCGUCACCUGGUUUCACUUCAACCCUACCUCACGUAGUAGCAGCAGCGUGUUGGAGGAGCUCAACUCAGGUGGUCGCGGGGGGAUUCAGCUGGUGACAGACCGUCGGGCGGGCACCAGCUGGCUCCUGGUCACCAACGCCACUUGGAGGGACGCUGGCAACUACACAUGCGCCCCUGAGCAUGCCAUCCCUGACUCUGUGUCCGUACACGUGGUGGACGAAGAAUCUCCUGCGGCAAUGCAGCCACACCUACAAGCCAGCACCGCCCUUCCACCAUCUUCUGCGUCCUCCUCCUCUUCCUCCUCAUCAUCUUCGUCUUCCUCUGCGUCCUUUUCCUCUUUCAUCAAGCCUCCUUUGAGUCUUUUGUGCUCUACGCAGACGCUCUCCCUCAUUCUUGUCUUUCUAAUGAGAUUAUUCUUCAAAAUUAUAGACUUCCCGAGAGGCUUUGAGUUCUCCCGUCAGCGUGAAUCAGUGGCCGCGGCGCUCUGAGUCUAAGUUGAGUUCGGAGCGUUUUUCACUGCAUUAUCUUGGCUUUUCAGUGAGUUCCUCUUGAGUCAGUGGGUUCUUUUGCGUUUACAGUGAUAACUUUCUGGAUACAAUGAGUUUUUGGUAAUAGUCAUUUUUCAUGCGAUUACAGGUAUGUUCCUUGCGUUUACAGUGAGUUCUUUGCGUUCAGAGUGAGUUCAGUGAGUUUACAACGAGUUCCUUGCGUUUACAGUGAUUUUGUAUUUUUUUUUUGCACUUGUGGUGAUUUUCUCACGCUAAAAGUGAUCUUUCUGUGUCCAAAACGAUUGUAGUUGCGUUUGUAACGAGUUCUUACAUAUAAAGUAAGUUCUUUGCCUUUAUACAGUAUUUCGUUCUGGGCGUUUACCUAUAAGUUCUUUUCAUUUUUGGAGCAUUUUCUUAUCUGAAAAAACUCCUAUCGGUUUUCAAUGCGUUUCUAAUUAUCCUCACACUUUCUCUAAUAAUUUCAACACUUACUUAAAAAUAUCUUUAUUUCUAUUUACUCCGAUUUUAUUCCUCUUAAGCACUGGAUUAAACACUAAGACCACAGUUGUUUACAUAAUUCGGAGGCGGGGGAUAAAUAUUGUGACUCAUCCCUAGACAGAGAGAGAAAUACGAGAGGAAUGAUUGUGGUGGACUCUGUAUAAAAAGUUGUAUAUUUGAAAACUUUAUAAAAUUAAUUCUCAAUAAAUGUUCGGCGUUAAAAUCUUUCACUUCUUUCUACGUAUUUUUAUGGUACCAGCAGCUAUAUACUUUUUUUCUUCUGCCUCUUAUCUUUUUAAUUCCAGGAAACCUUAUCUUGCUCCCAGCGAAGAAAAUUUUUAUCAGAGUUUUGUACUUGAUGGGCUAAUACGCUUACAAAAUAUGAAUUAUGCACAAAUUUAUAUAUCAUUUUUAUUUUGUAUU